UCCCACAGUACAUGAAGGCAGCAGCGGCGCGCUCGAAUGAAACAUGGCUGAAGCGGUGUCUGACAGCGAGGUGGAGGCUGUGAGGCCGCCGCCCAAACGCCGUCGCAUCCUCGACCCCUCAGCUAUCGUCCCGGUGCCCGUGUACUCCAACAAGGUGAGCAGCAGUCUGCAGCUGAAACCAAUGGCAGCGAUGUUCCUUGACAAGAAAACCACAGACGACAGCGCGGACGAGAGUUUGUGUUCACAGUCAUCUCAAUCGCAGUCAGCGAGCUUCACCCUCCUCAGUGACUCUGAGGAAGAUGAACCAGAGCACACGAAGAAGAAAGCAGAUCUAGAAACUAUUCGCUCCCCGUCUCCCCCACCUCCAGAGAGUCUAGUCCAGAAGCAGUCCAGGCAGGUCAGACGGAAGAUCAGCGAGAUCGACAGGAAGCUCCGGGAGGUGACCUCCCUCCUGUCCCCUGAGCCUCAGAACAGGAGGACGAGACGCCGCCGAGCUCCCCCGUCUGAAGACCAAGAUGAUGUCAUCGACCUGAACCCGGACUCUGGAGUUGAGGAUUUUUCAUACAGCUCCCUGAUCCGGGAGAUCCCCCUCAAGAUCCGCUGCCGAACAGACGUCCACAAGAUCCCGGUGCUGUCGUCGACACCUUUACAUACCGUGGUGACCCAGCUGUCCGACGUCCUUCACGUUCCUCCUUCUCGCCUCCUGUUGUUGAGGGAGGAAGUGGAGCUUCCGGCAGACUCGACCGUCGGCGAGCUUGGCCUCGGCAUCGCAGACAUCAUAGAGUGUGUCGUCAUGGCAGCAGAGGAUGACAGUGGGGGCGGCAGCAGCAUCACAGUGAGGCUGCAGAGCAAAGACAGAGACUCUUCACAGGACUUCUCUCUGCACAGAGACGCACCGCUGGGCUCCAUCUUCUCCCAGUAUCUGUCCAAGAUGUCUUCCGGCGCCCAGCGAGCGGUCCGCUUCCACUUCGACGGCUCCAAAGUGACGCACAGCCAGACGCCGGCUCAGCUGGACAUGGAGGACGGAGACAUCAUCGAAGUUUGGAUUUAAGCCUUUGGGCUCAUUUCAGAACUCUAAUUAGUCCACGGGUUUGAUAAUUCAGUUACUUUAUUUGUUAAAGUCACUGGAUUUAUUAAUGCUGAAGAUGCAAAGAUCAGCUGAGACACUAUUCAAAAUGUUUUUUAAAGACACAAACCCUUCAAUCCUUGUACAGUUGUGAAUUUAUUUUAAUGCUUUGGUGACUAAACAGCUUCUACUUCUGACCUUUUUACUGAACAUGUCCUGUUAUAGCAAAUAAUAAUAAAAGGAGUUUAAGUUAC